AUGGAAGGAGGCUAUUUUCUCAAUUCCUUGCAUCGGAAGGCAAAAACGAUGACACUCAACAUUCACUUAUCCAAUGAAGAGGAUGGCCUCUAUCAAGGUAUCGCUUUUGAGAGCAAAAGUAGCUUGUCAGAUAUAUUGAACACUGGUGGAAAAUUGAACCUUACUGAUUACUCAAGUGAUCAGCUCAUAACCCUUUUGAAAACUAGUGUUGAAAAGGCUCAAUUCAAUCUGACAGACUCUUACUCGUUCAAUUCAGCAGAUCAUAGGGGACCUUCUUUGCAUUAUGCCCAUUAUGACCAAAGACAGAAAUUGGAGGUUUCUUUACCAGUAUACUUGAUUGCAUUUAUGGCACUUCUUUUCUUAUAUGUCAGGAGACGUCAGGCGUACAGAUAUCUCUUCAAAUUUUCUAAGUUGAGCAAAAUCAUAUAUGCUUAUUUUGCGGUAAAAUUGGUGUUUUCCUUGGUCUACUUUGUGUUCUUGGUUGCGGUAUUUGAAUUCGAAUACAAGAAAGUACGCCUGCCAUGGGUGUUUUUCACUUACUCGGUGUUGAGGGCAUUUUUAUCAGUUACACCAUACAUGUUACUUGCCCUCUUCUCGUUUGGUUACGGCGUCAAGUUUUUCACUCUUGAAAAAGAAAAGUACGCAUUGGCAAAAUCAGCAAUAAUGACCAUUCUUUUUUCCGUUUCCUCAUUUGGUUCCAUUUUCGAGGAAUACGUGUACGUCACUACUGAUAAUCAGUCUCGUUUCCAGUAUCUUGAUAAUGACAGUGUAUUGGAAAUUGUUUCGGUAGUUGCCCGAGUUGCUGCUGUCUUGCUUCUAGCCUUUUCUAUGUACCGCACCUACAAGGAUACAGAAGAGUAUCCAUUAGUAAAGAAGUCGGCAGCAAUUGUCACUGCAGUAUACUUUUUGAAACCAAUGGUCCUGUUUCCAGCACCAGAAGAUGUGUUUAGGUUCGUCAUGCACUUGUUCUUGCCUGAUGAGUAUUAUGGGUACAGCGUACCUGAUAUUGUUGAAUUGUUUGCCCUUCCAUUUUUGAUGUACAUCUGGAGAGAUGUUGACGGUGACUAUGUCGAGGUUAAGGAUAUUGAAAUGGAGAGCUCGGAAAGUUGA